AUGGAAAGAGCGAAUGGCAGCACCUCCUCAGGAUUCCUCCUCCUGGGCUUCUCCGACAGGCCUCAGCUGGAGACGCCUCUCUUUGUGGUCAUCCUGAUGGGCUACGUCCUGAGCUGUCUAGGCAAUGGCACCAUUAUACUCCUGUCGCUGCGGGACCCUCGCCUGCACACCCCCAUGUAUUGCUUCCUCUCCAACCUCUCUUUCAUGGACCUGUGUCUGACCACCUGCACCGUCCCUCAGACUCUGGCCAACCUCAAGGGGCGGGACAAGACUAUCACCUAUGGCGGCUGCGUGACCCAGCUCCUCAUUGCCCUGGGGCUCGGGGGCGUGGAGUGUGUGCUCUUGUCGACCCAAAAAGGUGUGGCACGACCUGCAGAACUUGUGUCUAUGGAUGAGGCUGCUCUUCUUUAG